AUGGCCAAGAAUACAGGCGUCCCCAAUGCCUGGGACGACGACUGGGAAGCACAAGCCGACAAAGCGAUGGCCAAAGAGAACGCGCAGCAGGCGAAGAAACUCUUUGUCAAGGACGGUGCCGGUGGUCCAUCUGGUCCAUCAAGGGGCGCGGCAGCUGCGUCAGGCGAAGGAACUGCCGAAAUGACCCGCGCUGAGCGGUUGGCGAAGCACGAGGAGGACAACCGGCGGCUGUGGAACUCGGCCGACAAUCCGGAGGAGUUUCACUUUUUGUCGGCUGGAGCUGCGCCAGGCGGCGGUGCCCUGCUUUCCGGCAGCAGCAACAACAGUGGAGCCAGUGCGCCCACAAUCCUACCUGCGGCCUCGGCAUUUCGGCCGCAGAUGACGGUCCUGAGCCGAAAACCGGCUCCACGGAUGAUUCGGCGGCGCGACCCUGUGACAGGCAUCGAGGAGCUGACUGUUCGAGAUGACGCAGCCGAGGCUGAGGCUGAAGCAGCUGCGGCGGCCCAGCGAAAUAAAGAAACACCGGAACAGAUACGGCAGCGGCAACAGCGUGAGAGAGAGGCUAAGCAGCGGAAGUACGACGAGGCGCGUGCCAAGAUCUUUGGCGAGCCGCUCCCGGCAAGCAGCAGUAAAGAUAGCAAUAAGGACAGCCACAGCAACAGCAACAGCAUCAACACCACCGCCAAUAACAACAACAACAACACAUCCACCCCAGGGUCUUUGGCAUCAUCGCGGCAACCAUCACCCGCGCCACGGUCGUCUGGAGGCAACAAUGGUGGGAGCCAUACACCACCGCACGCACAACAAUCUGGUGGAUACCGAGGCAAGGGACGUGGCCGGGGCCAAGGCGGUGCUUACCGCGGAGACAGAUUAGGGGAAGGCAACGGCCGGGGUCAACACCAGCAGCACGACAACAGUUUCAAUAGGCGGCAACCACAGCAACAGCAACAGCAACAGCAGCAGCAUCAAGUCGGCCAGAACUACCAAAACGGCGCAGCUUCGACGCAAAACACAGCACCAUUCUCUUCUUCACCUUCGGCAACACCGCCUGGAACACGAGAGCUCUACGAUCCAAACUACUCUCCAAAACCACAGAGCCAGAGGCGUUUGGGCGGCCAGGGCCACCACCAGCAUGCAGGCGGUACGGGCAGUGGCAGCGGCAGCGAUGUGACCGGUUCACCGUAUCCGAGCCGGACGGGCACACCGCGCGAGGAAGAGUUUGUGGUCCGCGCACCACGAGGUCCCGAUAGCAGCGGCCGUGGCGGCUUUGGGUUUGCUCGGCGAGGCGGUCUACAGAGCGAUUAA